CAAAGCCGUGUUACUUGGGCGAAACGAAAACGACUGAUAAUAGGCAGAAGAGAGAGCCGAAGAUUGAAAUUCUGCAAGGGAGAGAAUGGUGUUGUGGGAGAUCACAUUGGGAACUGCCUAUUUUUUAGGGCUCAAACGAACCUACAAGCUCAUUCUCAGGAUUCAGCGUCGCCUCGUCGGCCCUAAUCACCCUAAAAUCCGUCAUUUUCUUCAUAGGCGAACACGAGCUGUCUUUGAUGUUGCACUAAAGGUUCAUCGGAGUAUUCAAGAAAGAGACAUUGAAGUGGGGCGGAACCUUGGUAACCGGAUCCUCCGUUGCCUUGACCGCAUGAAACCAUCUGCUCAGAUCCGUGGUUCCCUAGAAAAACCCCAUCUGGCUGGCAGCACAAGCAGUAGCAUGACUAAGCAGGCAAGCAAUGCCCAACACCAGAAAACUCAGGGGGCCACCAUCCAAAAAUCCAGCUUCAAGGGUGUGGAUCAUGAAUCCAAAAGGCAUUUGUUUUCCUCUUCCAAAUAUAUAUGGCACAAACCCUUCUCCCCUAUCACAAUGAUGAUGCGGCCCCCAACAUCUGCUGGGAUGACCACCCAAUAUAGGCACAUGUCCUUCUGGGGCCCUGAAGUGCUGAGAUCAAGUUGCGGGAGAGCUGGGUUCGAGGGGGUGAUUCGGAAAGACAUAAUGCAGUGGAUGCUGCAGAACUAAUGGCCGAAACUGCCUUUUUUUUUUUAAAUAAUUUUUUUUGCUUCCUCCAUAGAUUACAUUGGCUGUUGUACAUUCUUUUGAGCCUCUUCCGGAACUUGCUGUUGCUUGAGGUUGAGGGUGGUGGCUCAACCCUAAAUUGGGCAGUAGAGUCCCAUAUCUGGGUCUGUAAAAGAUUAGUAAUAAAAACCACACGGGUAGGGUGAACCAAAAUGAACUGGUGGACGGCUGGUGUUGCUGGUUGUUUUGAGUUGUUGAAGGGAGUGAAACGGGCAUAGUGGAUUUGACCUGGCUUUUAUAACUUUAUUAUUCACAUGGUUGGAUUUUUUUGGGAUAAAGUCUUUGGCUUUCUUGUCUGUUGAAGUAAUGGGGGAAUAAUAAUAGAUGGCAUUAUUACAACU